ACAUGCAUAAUCUUUGCAGCAUUUUUCUUUUAAACGAUAACUUUAUUUUAGGGAAUUUAAGUGAAUGUUUUUGUAACACAGCCAGAUGUUCUAACAUUAAUAGAAGAAGGCUGGUUGCAUGCGUGUGUCGGUUUAAUGUUGCAUAUCCUGGACCAUGGACUAUGAUUGCGGAACUUCUGCAUUGCUGAUGACCAACGUGAUCCGACUGUGGAGAGGAACCGUCUGUGCACGUGUGCUGCGCGCGGUGGAAGGGGAAGACUGUGAAAGCGGACGCUUAGUUAUCGCAAUUGGUUUUCCAGAGAGACGCGCGCACACACACACACACACAUACACACACCGGCACACCGGCCCCGGUGAUGCAUCCCCGCGGCGGCAACGACACGGACGAUCCUCGGUAGAGUCGUCUCGACUUCAGGAUGGUGAAGAAGUCUCUGAACGGCGGGGUUUACCCAACUCAAGCCGAGGAGAAGAAGCACCGGGUGGGCUUUGUGGGACUGGACCCCGGCGCACCCGAAUCCAACAGGGAUGGGGCGCUGCUCAUUGCGGGAUCGGAAAGCACCAAGCGCAGCGGCAUUCUCUGCAGACCGAGGCCCAGCAUCUCCGCCGGGAGACCCAGGCCGUCGAAGAAAAACGCCAGCUAUCGGAAACUGCAGAAUUUCUUGUACAAUGCGCUGGAAAGACCGCGGGGAUGGGCGUUCAUCUACCACGCUUAUGUCUUCCUCCUGGUCUUCUCCUGUCUCAUACUUUCAGUCUUUGCCACCAUCCGAGAGUUCAAAAAUAGCUCAGAGAGUGCCUUGUACAUCCUGGAAAUUGUGACUAUCGUGGUGUUUGGGGUUGAGUACAUUGUGAGGAUAUGGGCCGCCGGCUGCUGCUGUCGGUACAGAGGAUGGAGAGGGAGGCUCAAAUUUGCCAGAAAGCCUUUCUGUGUCAUAGACAUCAUGGUGCUGAUCGCCUCAGUGUCUGUGCUGGCAGCUGGAUCUCAGGGAAACGUUUUUGCCACGUCGGCCAUCAGGAGUCUGAGAUUCCUGCAGAUCCUGCGCAUGCUGCGCAUGGAUCGCCGCGGAGGCACCUGGAAGCUGCUGGGAUCUGUGGUAUACGCCCACAGCAAGGAGCUCAUCACCGCGUGGUACAUCGGCUUUCUGUGCCUCAUCCUGGCUUCAUUCCUGGUGUACUCGGUGGAAAAGGAGUCAAAUGACGAGUUUGAGACCUACGCUGAUGCUCUUUGGUGGGGACUGAUCACUCUCACCACCAUCGGUUAUGGAGAUAAGGUUCCCAAGACCUGGAAUGGACGCUUGCUGGCAGCCACAUUCAGCAUGAUCGGAGUGGCGUUCUUUGCUCUCCCCGCUGGCAUCCUGGGUUCUGGCUUUGCCCUCAAAGUCCAAGAGCAGCACAGGCAGAAACAUUUUGAGAAGAGGCGUAAUCCUGCAGCGGGCCUCAUCCAGGCCACGUGGAGGUUCUAUGCUACCAACCUGUCCCGCACAGAUCUACUGUACACUUGGGAUUUCUACGAGCAGACUGUAGCUGUCCCGAUGUACAGGCUUAUUCCACCUCUGAAUCAGCUGGACCUGCUGAGGAAUCUAAAGGGCAAGACAUUCAGGAAGGAGUCUCAAACGGAAACCUCUCCCAGUAAUGAAAAUGCACACAAAGACAGACUUUGCGGGUGCUGUCCGAGAACCUUUAGUCGGAAGGCCAGCCUGAAGGACAAGGUGUUCCCGAGUCCCUCCAAGGCUCCCCUGGCCAAGGGGAAAUCCCAGUCUCCGGACGGGGCCGAGGCGAGUCCCGGCAAAGUCGACAAGAGCUGGAGCUUCGCCGACAAGAACCGAGGGCCGAAGCACUCCUUCAGGGCCAGAGGCAGCACCUCGCGGCAAAACUCUGAGGUGCUGAUAGAAAUGCAGGACGAGGACUUUGGACUGAAGAGUUCUCCAGCAAUUGAAGGUUUAAUAAAGGCGAGCCUCCCUGGAGAGGAAAUUGGCGAUGACAAGAGCUGCCACUGUGAGUUUCUCUCUCAAGAAUUACCACCAGGCCUGAGGGUGACCAUAAGAGCGAUCUGCGUCAUGAAGUUCCUGGUGUCGAAGCGGAGGUUCAAGGAGAGCUUGCGGCCCUACGAUGUGAUGGAUGUUAUCGAGCAGUACUCUGCAGGUCACCUGGACAUGCUGUCCCGCAUCAAGAACCUGCAGUCCAGAGUGGACCAGAUAGUUGGUAAAGGGCCUAAAUCCGAGGGAGACUCUUCAGAUGACCAGAGCAUGAUGGGACGUCUGGGUAAAGUGGAAAAGCAGGUGAUCUGCAUGGACAGGAAACUGGAUUUCCUGGUUCACGUGUAUGUGCAGCGCAUGGGCAUCCCUCGUUCGGAAACCGAGGCCUUUUUCCACUCCAAGGAGCCGUACCCGGCCCCGCCUUACCACAGCCCGGAGGAGAGCAAGCUGGAGAGGGAGGGCGAGGAGGAGGUGAAGGAGGAGAAGGAGUUGCAGACGUGCUCUGUACCGGCAAUUCCGUGCUCCGAUGGGUCUUUGGAAAAGAAAGAUCCCCUGCUGGGCCGCUGCGUGCCCAGCUUGGUGGGAACCCCCUCUGGCAGCCACAGCCGCCCCUCUACGUCGUGGCAGCACCAGCUGCAGCACCCCCUCAGCCAGCCCGCCUGGAACAGCAGCGUGGCCAACACCCCCUCGCCGGUCGCCGGCAGUGCCGAUCACUCGCCCACCCUGUUCCGCCUUCCGCCUCCGCCCGCUCCGGUCCACGACCGUCCCUCCCGCGGCAACGGCAGAGAGAGCGGCUCCCGGAGCAGGAGGCGCCACAGGAGGCGGCAGCGGGACGCCGUUGCUUUGGAGAGCGACACGUCCCUGUCCAUCCCGUCCGUCGACCACGAGGAGCUGGAGCGCUCCUUCAGCGGUUUCAGCAUCUCGCAGGCCAAGGAGGACUUCUUUGGGCCUUCGUUCUUCGCAGGCUCGGGAGGCGGAGCAGGGACGGAAGCCGCAGCUGGACCGGCACUCUGCGCCAGGGUCAGACCCUUCAUUGCAGAGGGCGAAUCCGACACAGACUCUGACCUCUACGCUCCCUCCCCGCUGUCCUUCACUGGAGAGGUGUCAUGUGGAGACCCGGCGUGGCCGGGUAGGAAGUAGGACACGAGAAGACAUAUCAGGAGCCAAGUGACUGUUGCUGCUGUGGAUGCCAUUACAGUCUAUUUUAGGUUGAGUGAAUGGUAAUGAUUGAAGUUCAUUACUGAGGAUGGUAACAAAAUGUAAACUAAAGACGCGUCCCUUUUAACCUUUUUGUUUUGUUUGUGAUACAAACACUUACAAUGCUUAAUUACAGUUGCAUUGAAUCAAGAUCUUGGUUAAUCCAAAAAUAGCUGGUUAGGGACACUUCUUUCUCAUUUAUUUAUUGAUGAUGAAAGGUACAAAAAGUCCAGAUGGGUGAGUAUGAUUUAUGACCCAUCCGGUAAACUGAUCUAAAUGAAACAUUCAUUCCUUCAUAAUAAGUAUGUGCUAUUUAGCACUUUUUCGGUUACAAUGACCAUCUAAAAUAUAAAGGGAGUUAGGACACAGGAAACUUUCGGUCUCAUCACAUGGUUAGCAUAGUGUCUUGAUAUAUCUUAUAUACCUAUGGAUGAUUUGAGGUGUUUCAAUGCCCAUACUUUAGCUAUGAUAAUCAAGUAGAUUCUUGCAAAGAAAAAAAAGAAAUAUGCUUGCUUUUCAGCAUCAUUAAUUCAGCCUGGUGUUCACUAAGCACUGCAGGUGAACUCCCUUCGAUGCAUUGAAGAUACUUCCCGUUUGAUAAACCACUGAACCUGCUGCAUGGUAUGUUAAUGGUUUACGGUGUUGUUGGUUUAAGGGCCGUGUUUAGCCAGCUACAAAACCAGACAAAAAGUCAGCCGGCAAAUUCCAUGAUUGUCUCUUAUCUGUACAAACAAACAGAAAGGUGAACAAGACAAGAAAAUGUGUGCAUGACCAGGUUCUAACAUACGUUCCCUUUUUGGUAAAGCUUUAUUUAAGUUCCUAUCAAAAUAAAUGCAGCCCAAGCUUGCUGAUCCAAUGUUUUUCCAAAAACAAAUAUCCAUGUCACAUAUGGAAAAAAGCGACCCCUUUAAUCAGGUGCUGAACAUUAACUCCUAUCUUUUUGUUUUGUUGUCCCACAACAUGCAGUUGGAGUAUUCAAAUAAUAUGGGACCCUUACUCAGAUGUGUGCCUGUGAUGCAUACGUCAGUCUUUCAGACACUCCUGCAGUGACAGUCCUGCACUAAAUGAGGCAAACGCAAUAAAAAGCAAGGAAAGGCAAUUAAGAACCAACCUCCUCCUGGCCUUAAUUUUUCACACCAAUAUUGUUUUGUAAGUUAAUGAAUCAACAUUCUGUCAAUUUCAUAAAAGUAGCUUUUGCAAGUGCAUUUUUAAGUGUUAUUAUAAGAGCCUUUGUUGCUUAAGAGCAGUUGUUCUGAUACUGUUUUAGCCACUAAUGAUGCUAAAAGCAUGAGAUUGGGACAUCUGAAGCAUGAACAGUUAUUGUUAAUAAUAUUAAUACUAACCCACAUCGUAGCAAAUUAUACAUUCCUCCAUUCUUUUUCAAUUUAACUGAAAAUAUGAUUUACUAAAGACUGCUUCAAACAAGCUACACGAUCCAUUUUUGUUUCUUUUUCCAGAAAAGAAAAAAGACACAUCUGCUGGCAUGUUUUCUACAAGCCAAAGGAAGGUACUACAUGGUUUUACAAACCACCAUAGCUUUCAAUUCAACAUGACCAUGCAACAACAUCUUCUUAAAUAAUAAAACUUUGUACAUCACUGAAAA